CAGAUCUUUUCGUAAAUGGCUUCAGAUAAAUGAUCAAUAUCUGUGUGCAGGAAUAAUGGAAUCUCGUGUUUCACGAUGAGAACCCCAAAAAGCACACGCCCUAUAUAGCAAGCAGGACCAUGCAGUUUUGUACUUGGCUUGCUCUGGAGGUGAUUCUUUGAUCUUUACAGGCAGUCGUGUUCCUUUCCUUUUUUCUUUUUUCUUUUUUCACUUGGAUAUAUAUGAUUUUUUUAUUCCAAGAGUGCAUCGUACAUUUUUCGUUGAUGCAUUAAAUAUCGCAAAGAGUUUCCUCAUACCUCACUCGUGCUCGGUGCUCCUACUUAGCAACUAGUGGCGACACAUUUGAAUUUGUAAGUGGGAGGAUGAAAUUUACGGGUGUGGAGUACUUGAAGCAUCUAUGGGAGACCUGGGAUCUGAGAGGGUUCGUGUUGCUGAGCUUGUGGCUGCAGUCAUUUCUGAUAUUAGCAGCGCCUCUGAGAAAACGAACCCGGUCAAGCUGGGUGAUCCUGCCUCUAUGGUCGGCCUACCUGCUGGCGGAUUGGGCAGCGAAUUUCGCGGUGGGGCUGAUCUCAAACAGCCAGAGCAGCAAGUGCAGCAGCACCAAAGGUGUGUACAACAAUGCAGAUCUGCUGGCAUUUUGGGCUCCCUUUCUUCUGGUGCAUCUUGGGGGCCCCGACACCAUAACCGCCUUCGCCCUCGAGGACAACGAGCUGUGGCUCAGGCAUCUUCUGGCUCUCAUAUUCCAGGCAUGUGCGGCGGGGUACGUGCUCUACCAGACCCUGCCUCACAACCCACUGCUCAUCCCCACCAUCUGCAUGCUCGUUUCUGGCCUCAUCAAGUACUCGGAGCGCACCAUGUCGCUCUACCGUGCUAGCUUGAACAGGUUCCGGGACUCCAUGCUCAAGGAUCCUGAUCCGGGCCCCGACUACGCCAAGAUCAUGGAUGAGUACCGGUCCAUGACAGAGGCGAAGCUUCCCACGAGAAUCGUGAUGAUCGAGGAGCCACCCCGAGGAGAGCAAGCAACGACAGUGGUGAAAACCGGCCCACUCCAAGGUAAUGAAGCGGUGCUCUAUGCGUACCUCUACUUCGAGAUCUUCAAGGGCCUCAUCGUGGACCUCAUUUUCAGCUCCCGCGAUCGCAACAAGAGUCGGGACUUUUUCCGGGAGAGAUCAGCGGAGGACGCUUUCGAGGUGAUAAGCAUCGAGCUGAAUUUCAUGUACGACGUGCUGUUUACGAAGGUGCGCGUGGUGUACACUCGGUGGGGAUACCUGGGUAGGUUGAUUGCCUUUGGUUUGGUGAUUGCAUCGCUCAAUCUCUUCUACAAAGAGGACAAGCGCAACUUCGAAAUCCCUGAUGUAGCCAUUACCUAUACUCUGCUCUUCGGAGCCAUUGCCUUGGAUGUCAUUGCCUUUUUCAAGCUCAUCACCUCUAAUUGGCUCGUUGUUCGUACCAAUAAUCUGCCUGCUGUCAACUUGGAGACUACUUCUCAGCAAACAACUCCAUCCACAUCCAAGCUUGAUCCCGCCGCCUUAUUCAACAAGAUUGCUGAGUAUGGCUUAUUGAAGAAGCUCAUGCGCUUGCUGCACCGCCGCUGGUCCGGAACCGUCCCCAGUUUCAACCUCAUAAAUUACUGCCUGAAUCACCGGCUGCCGGAGAAAGAGAAAAUCAUGGAUUUCCUCAACUUAAUUGCCAUUUUUGAUGCAAUCAUGUACGUGACGAACAAGCCCUUCACCACGGACCUGCGGGAUCUCAUCUUCGUGGAGCUGAAGAAGAAAUCGGAGCUGGCGGAUGAUCUAGAAACCGCAAAAGAGUUGAGCGCAGCGCGAGGCGAUUGGGCCCUCCGCGUGGGACACGGCCGCGAUCAGAGGGCAGCGCCAGGCGAAUUGCUCAAAUAUAUUAACGGCGUGGACUACGAUCAGAGCCUGCUGCUCUGGCAUAUCGCCACCGAGAUCUGCUGGUGCAUGGAAGAUGAAACACAGCUGGAUCCUCAUCACCAUGAUACCGACGGAUUCACUGUGAAGCAGCACUUGCAAUUCUCCAAGCUCCUCUCCGAUUACAUGCUGUAUCUUCUCAUCAUGCAGCCUACAAUGAUGUCCGCAGUGGCGGGUAUCGGCCAGAUCCGAUUCCGCGACACGUGUGCCGAGACCAAGAAGUUUCUGGAAGGAUCCAGAGAGAAGAAGCCCCGCGCCUGGCGAGUCUUGAAAUACGCUCUUAAGAGUUUGGCCAGCUAUCUCCAAUAUUUCACAGUUGCCCUGUUUGCUCCCAUUUUAUCCUUCAUCUUCUCCUUGUUCAUCACCGUGUUUCUGCCUCUGAUUCCGAGAAAAGGGAUUAAUUUCCUAAAGAGCAAGAAAGUUGUCGGGAAGUUUCUCAACUACUUAACGAGGGAGGAAACAGAACGGGAUCCCAAACAAGUGAAAGCUUGCGAAAAGAUCCACGGCGUAAACACGGAAGUGGAGCCGGUUUCCAUCAAGGGAGAUAGGAGCAAAUCAGUGCUCUUCGACGGCUGCAUGCUGGCGAAAGAGCUGAUGGGUAAGAAGGAGGAGAAAUGGGGAAUUAUGAGCAGAGUUUGGGUUGAGAUGCUGUCGUACGCGGCUGUACGUUGCAGACCCAACGCGCAUGCGCAGCAACUGAGCAAAGGAGGAGAGCUCAUAACCCUUGUUUGGCUUCUCAUGGCUCACUUUGGGUUAGGGGAGGAAUUUCAAAUCAGUGAGGGUCAUACAAGGGCUAAGCUCGUUGUCGACAAGUAGCUCUUCCUAUUUCCUUCUAAAAUAACACCUUCCCUAGUUUGUUUUACAACUCUUUCCUUUUGCUUUUGCUGUUUCUUCCAUUUCUUUUUGUUUUUUCGUGUAUCUUCCAUCUCUGUUUUCCGUUUCUUCUUCUCUGAAACAGAGAUGUCAAACUUCUUGUUUUUGACUUUGAAUAAUGUUAAUACCAAUAUCACUUUGCUGUUC